GUGUGUGUGGGAGCGGCGGGUAACGGCCGCCGCCGGGCUGCCCUCGCCGCCGCCGCCACCGGAGAGCAGUCCCCUCUCCGCCUUUGCGACAGCUGGCCGCGAGGCCCGCCGGUGUCCGGCGCCAGCGCCGCCGUCCCGGCCGCUCGCAUGGAGCUGUCGGCCAUCGGGGAGCAGGUGUUCGCCGUGGAGAGCAUCCGCAAGAAGCGCGUGCGGAAGGGUAAAGUAGAAUACCUGGUGAAGUGGAAAGGAUGGCCCCCAAAAUACAGCACAUGGGAGCCAGAAGAUCAUAUCUUGGACCCCCGCCUGGUUGUGGCUUAUGAGGAAAAGGAAGAGAGAGACCGUGCAUCAGGGUACAGGAAAAGAGGGCCCAAACCAAAGCGCCUCCUACUGCAGCGGCUCUAUGGCAUGGACUUGAGGAGUGCGCACAAGGGAAAGGAGAAGCUCUGUUUCUCCCUUGCACGGAGGUUUGGAGGAGGAGACAGUAGCCUGCCAGGGGCCAAGACAGGGCAGGCAGAGUUCUCGGAGAAGACUGGGGGAGCAGUCCUGCCAUUCUCUCUGCGGAAGCAACGCAAAAACCAGAAGUAUUUGCGACUGUCAAGGAAGAAGUUCCCCCGCAUGGCAAGCCUGGAGGGUCGAAACUGUAGGCAUGAGUUCUUCCUGAAUGAUGCAGUGGACUUAGAGGCCAGGCAGGGCCCUGAGGACUGGGAGACCAUGCAACACACCAGCAAAGAAGCAGAUGUGGAUGGCAAUCUCCCUUGGAUUCCCACUGUGCCCCCCAGCGAAGUGACAGUGACAGACAUCACGGCAAACUCCAUUACUGUCACUUUCAGAGAAGCACAAGUGGCCGAGGGCUUCUUCCGAGACCGGAGUGCACAGUUCUGAAUCUCUGUUUUCAGUGCUCCCCAAAACCAACGCUUUUAGGGAAGGUUUGUUUUUUUCCCUUAAAGAAACAAAGAAACAAUCAAAAAUGUCUCCUCUUAAAAUGUUUACAAAGACCUUUUCUUUUUCUCCCCCCCCUUUCAGAUACGCAAAAAAGGGCAGUGUAUGGGGUGUGUGUUUGUCAUUGCUUUGUCCCUCUGAAAAACUGACAGCCUUUUCCCUGGCAAAGACUCACCUCCUAGAUGUGAAAGCAGCAAGUUGAACAAUUCACCUUUUAUCUUGUUAAGUGGCAGCAGCUGCAUCUGUGGGGAGAGGGCAUGUGGAGGUGGAAGGAGAGCUGGAUCUUUAGCUGCUGCCUUGUUCUGCAAUUGAUAUCCUUUGGAUAAAGAUACUUCUCUCUGCAUUGCUCUUCCCACCUUCUUCCUGCCUCUCUUCCUACAGCAGUGAAAGGUGAUGGAUCCAACCUGUGUAGAUAACUCCAACCUGUUCAGACUUUCUCUCCAGUGCUGUUUUCCCUGUAGCCUGCUGUCAGGACUUCAGAACCAUAUUUGCCUGUCUGUGGUAAGUCAGUCUUUGCAGCAUGGGUCUGUAUGGCCAGCAGAGGUUUCUCCCAUUCAUUGUUGAUUAUGCAGAAAGACUGAGCUGCAUCUCUGAAGUCUGGAUUGGCGACAUAAAUUCAGUUUGCCCUCAUUAAAAGCUCAGAGACCCAGCACAGUCGAGACACAGAGUUUUGUAUAUGCUAAACAGGAUUUCCAGGCUUGGCUCUGCUGCGUAAUGGAAAAUGGGGUGUUCUUACCCUUUGCCAAAUUGAGUAUUAGUGACAAAUGCUGCCUUGGAUUGGUGGUAAUAAGUUAGUUGAAAACUGAGUCCUCUCUCCUAGGAGGAGGGGCCAAUAGGACAAGUGAAGCAUUGCCUAUUUCCUGGCACUGCAAAGAUAUGCAAGAUACUGGCACAGGCCCAGGACACAGGAAUUGGAUAGAGCUGAGCUAGAAAUGGACCUUGAUUGCAGCAAAUUCUGUUCUUGAAUCCCAUUGAGAGGUCCAAGGUAAACAACAUAUGAGGAAGGCAUGUGUUAGAUCUGAGGAGGCAAAAAAAAAAAGAGACUUCUGGAUUGCACUGCCUAGGUAUUAUUCUUCCAUGACUGCAGUCUCCUCACAGUGUCUGAUCCUGUACUGCUUUGCUGAUGGGAACUUCCCCUUGGAAGGCUUAAAAAUCUUUGCCAAGGAAAGUGGUCUGCAUUUCAGUGGCCCUACCUGAUCUUGCACUUAAAAAUGCCUUGUGCUGGACUGCCUGUGACACUUCGAGGUUUUUGAAGACUUGCUGUAUUUGGAGCUGGUAGUUUAGCAUAGCAUCUGUUCUUGCACAUGCAUGUUCUCUUCCAUUUCUUUGAAAAGCAUAUUUUAUUUAAAUAAAUAACUUGAAUUUUUAAAUAUAGACCUUUUCCUAUGGAAACCAAGAAAAGUAAGCUAGAGUCUAAGGUGGGAACUGCAGGACAGAGUGCUGCAAGGGUUUGAUUGGUUACUGUCAUGAUCAUUGCCCUUAAAUCUUUUGAUUUCUCGCCUCACCCUACUUGAAGCAUCUCUUACCUGCUGUAUUUGUUCUAAAUGAAGCUAUGAGUCUUGUGAGCUCAGAGGUAAGACACCAGUGGAAAAUUUCAGUGUGUUUAUUUGAAGGACUUGGCUGCUGGGCUGUAGGAUUUGGGAGCUGUGGGGCUUGUGGUCCUCCAAAUACCUACUUUUUGCAGAAUGCUUGGACUUGCCCUGAUGGCUUUUAUUAAAAGCAGGUUUCACCUCAGGUAGGGCAUGGCAACUCAGUGUAGACUUAGAGUUUCCCUUUCCAUCUCAGAGCUACUUGAACAGACUUGUCUUCCACUAUGUCACAGCAAUUCCAGAACCACUGGGAAGGUCUUGAAUUUCUGGACUAACCUUUUGUCACUCAAAGAAGUGACAUGGAGUUUCAUUAUGGUGAAAUCUGAGAGGGUGAGAAGGGGAAACUGGUGGGGAGAAUUAUGUGGUGGGAGGAAGAGUGAGUGGGAAAGAAGCCUGCAGUAGCUAGCAAGGGCAAAUCAAUGAGGUAGGCAUAAAGGCUCAGGAUGUUUGUUGAACGUGGGUGCCCAGGCUUCUGUAUCUGGAGUUGAACUCCCUUCUGCAGGAUGUGGGGUCAGACAGUGUUGUCAUUGUCACCCACACACACCCCUACCAAAUGUGCUGAAUGCUAGCAUCUCUCUCUUGUGGCCAGUGGACACACCAGGUGACUGAGUCCACUCAUGAGGGUUAUAACAGGUCAGGUAUUGUGCUGAAGCACAAUAUUUUACCUUAUAUUUUGAGAAGUCUUGAACUCCAGCCCAUCCUGCUAAAAUCUUCAUGGAGUUUGUAGGAUCUGGUUGCUUUAUUCUAAUGCAGCUUUUGUCCUGUUUUCAUCUCAGUGUGCAAAUACCCUGAAAAAGCUUCUUAGUUUCUGAGAUUCCUGUCUCGCUCUGACCCUGAAAGCAACAUCAGUCCUGCAGCAGGAAAGAGCCUGUCCUAAUAAACUGGAUUUCCAUCCUCUGCUUUUCUAGGCACUCACCAGCUGGGACUUCUCAGUGUUUUGAUUUGGCAUUUCUCUUUUAAACAUCUUUUUCUCUUGCAGUGGAGUCAAAGACCUGUGGUGGCCUUUCAAAGAGGAUCCACCCACAGCUUCAUAUUUUAAUAGUUUUUUGAAUCAAGCUAGCUUGUGCUCAGUUUAUGACUAACCAUCUUGCUACACAAAGUACCUGGCUGCUGUGUUGCUUUGUGUACAGGUCAGUGAGGAGUUAACCCUUAAUGGGUUAAGCCGCAACAAGUUGUGUGUGAGUUUGGUUUGUGCGUGGGAGGUGGAGUCUGUGGUAGGAAACUAAGCAGUUACUGUACUGAGCUGGACUUUUUUUUUUUAACAUUCAUUAUUUUUUUAUCUUAAAGAUCUUUUUGAGAAGUUAUUUCUCUUUUUAAAAUGUGUUGUGUUCCAUAUUGUCUGGGACAUAUCAUUGUGAACUUCCUUGGUAGAGUUGGUCUUCAGGGACUUUAAAAUUAGCUUUAUUCCAGUCCUGCAGGUGUAGAGACAUACAGAGGUUUUACUUGUGAUGGCAAAAGGGGUUGCCUGGAUUUACUUCUUUCUCCUCCCCAACACUAUCUACCAGUUCAACCCAAAAUCUGAACAUGUAACUGGGACCUCUUGGGCUAACAUACCAAUAAAAUUGGAUGCUGUGCUCAGAGCUUCAUUAAGCAUUCUGUUUGAUUAGAAGAGCCAGAAUAACAUCCAGCUGAAGCUGAGUUGGAUAAUUAUAUUUGAAGCACAAACUGAGACUAGAACUGGGCUAACUCUUCCAUACCUCAUUUUGCUCCAUGGCUGUAAAUGAGACAAACCAGCCAGUGCAAAUUACUGAACCUACACAAGGAGCAAACUUCUCUAAGAAUAAUUGUCCUAAGAGUCAUUCUUAGAAAAGUUUCCAUGUGAGAAUUUACCCAGCCACAUGUUGGGGACAAAAUAGAGAUAUUCACAAAAUCACAAAAUGGUAGGGGUUGGAAGAGACCUCUGGGGAUCAUCUAGUCCAAGCACCUGCUAAAGCAGGUUCACCUAGAACAGGAUGCACAGGAAUACAACCAGGCAGGUUGUGAAGGCCUCUAGAGAAGAAGAUGCCACAUCCCCUCUAGGCAGCCUGUUCCAGUGCUCUAUCACUUUCACAGCAAAGAAGUUUUUCCUUAUAUUUAGAUGGAACUUCCUAUGUUCUAGUUUGUGCCCAUUGGCCCUUGUCCUCACAGUUAACAUGGUAUAUAUAUGUGAGUGAAGUGAAUGACUUCAUGAGAUUGGAAAACCUUUAUUAUUAACACUGUUUAAAAAAAAAGAGAAGGGAGGAAGGAAAAAAAAAGGAUUGCCUCUGUCCUGGAUGGUUAUAAAAUAGAUAUUAUUGUUCUGAUAUAUAAGUAAUGCCUUGGAAUAGCAGGUUUUACAGAUAAAUAGUGGCAUUAAGUAGCCUUCUAGCUCCUGCAUGCUCUUCAUUGUUUUGCAUUUGCUUGAGAGCACUUUUGCUUGUGAAGUCAGACCAAGGUGGGGUUUUUUUUUGUUUUUCAAGCAAAGCCAGGGUAUUAUCAUAAGAACACCCAAAAGCAGUUCCAUUUGCCAAAGUAAUUCCAAAUUUGUCAGUGAAUCGACCCUUGCUUAUAUUGGAGCUUCACAUGGAAAGAUGCUUAUUGAGAAAUGAAUGUCUCUUGUUGUUGUUGUUGUUAGCAUUGUGAAACUGUCUGGAAUUGUUUCUCUGGUGUUUUGUGAUUGAAUGUAUAAAAUUUUUUGUUCACCUCACUGGGGCCCUUGGCCUCAGUACUGUUCCCUGCUGUGUGCCAGCAGCUUGAUGGCUUCACUGGCAAACAGAAGGGAGGCUUUACACAGGUCAAAAAAUAGGCAGGGCAGCUCAUACAAGACCCUUGAUGGUAGCCACAACAGAGGUCAGGGUGCGGAAGAUGGCAGCGAGUGCUGUCAGCCACAUCCCUCUAUCUGAGCAAAGCAAAAUCUGCUAGUACCUCUCCACCCUUUCCUCUCAAGCUUUAAUUUGUGAUUUCUAAAGCAGGGAAAGUACAACCUCCUCUUUUCUUCUAAAGCUAAUUAAUCGACCCAUCUUCUGUUCCUCCCUUGCUUAUCUGCAGCAUAGGAAGAAGAGUAGGGUGGGCCUUUCUAGGAAAAAAGUAGGGGCAGCUAAUUGUCAGGGAAGAGAGGGAAAGUUGCCUUAGAGUUGCUCUUGGUCUGUGGUCGAGGAGAGGCCUUUGGGUGAGCUUGCAGCUGAGAGACAGGCACAUUAGAAGUGCAGAGAACUUGUAGUGAAGUUGAUAAGCAGGUGGAUGCCCCCUGAAAUUCUUAGUGGGCCCUGUGAAGAGGAGAUGGUCAGUGCUGUCUUUAUGUAUCUGUCUUUUACCGUUCAGGAAGGCAAGGGAGAUGUGUAUGUUAACAGCUUGCAUAGGGUAGCUUUUACAUGGGAAUGUAUAGCCAUAGCAUGUACAGGUAAAGAAAGUGUGUUGCUUUUGCCAUGCUUGUUGUAAAAUAAUUUUCCCCAAGGGCAUGGUAAACUUGCUUUGAGACAAUCUGUUAUGAUCAAGAGACUGUGUUGUCCUCUACCUGCUGACUUACUGUCUUGACCGAAAAAGAAUGAACCCUCUGGGUAUUGAAACACCUGGAUUCUACCCAAGCAGCUGGGCAAAAUGGAAAGCCCUUACAAAACAGCUCCAGGACGACUGGAAGGAGAGAGAAGCAUUGACUUAAAACUGACUUCAGAACCUUCCAGUCCUUUCCUGUAACAAGUACUUCCUGGAGCCAUGACCUCCUUUUCUCUGCCUCUUGCACCCUUAAUUUCUUAACGUACAUUAGCUUAGCAGGGAGCAGGCAGGAGAUGAUCUCUGGUUGACUAGAAGAUGUAGAGAGAUGCAGAGCUCAGUGGGAGCAUGUAAUGACUAACUGGGAGGAGAUGGUUUGCCACCAAGUUAGGAUGGGGUAGAAGCUUUGCUGCUGAGAUUGUUUCUACCUGCUGAGGGCUGCUCUGCAGAGAUACUAGGGGUUCUUGAUGGGAAGUGCCAGUCAAUAUUGAAAGGAGCACUCCUAAAACCAUCUGUCACAGCUUAUCUGUUACUGGAGUAGCAGAGUUUUGGCUGGGAGGGGAAUUUUGGAGGAGGAGAAGGUGGAAAGCCUUUUUUAUUAUUAUUUCUAAACAGAAAAUGCAGUGUCAGCACAAAGAGGCUUUUUUUUGCAAAUCUGUCAAAAUGUUAAGCAGGGUUUUUUUUGCUUUAAAUCUGAAGUAUGUUUCGAAGCACUUUGGAAAUGCAAAGCAUUAGGAGUGCUAAGUACUCCUUAUCGUCUGGCUAAAAGUGGCGUUUGAAAAGCAAAAGAUGUGUCUGUUUCAGGCCGCUGGCUGCUCCUUAUCGCUUUUACAGAGCUGCCACCCAGCCCUUUGCCUCCCUCCCACGCCGGAAGGGGGAGCGUGUUCCACCCUGCCAGCUGAGGGGAGGGCUCCUGAGGGAGGAGAGGAGACCUGCAGAGACCCUCAGGGUGCAGGUUAGCUUCCUCCUCUCCAAUUCAUUUAAGGAAAGGGAAAAAUGAAAUUGUUUGAGUGGUCCUAGUCUGGAACUGUGACCAUUUCUUUCAGCUCUGGAGACAUCUUUGUAGUUUCCCGUCUGAAGAAUUGCACCUUAUUAACUUAACUGAGGAAUGGGGAGAACUCUGUUCUUCUGCAGGGAGUGAGGAGAGGAGGGAAGGGUGAGCCAGGAGCUGCCUUCGUCAGCUGCUGGAUUUUUCCAGAGCAUUUUUCCACCUCAUCUCCAACAGAACGGCAACAAAAGAACUAAAAUAAUGUAGAUGAAGCUUUUGUUCUGCGUAUCUCAACAACCUUUGAGGAGGCUGAGAUCAGAGAAUCUUUCUCCCUCACCUAGCCUGCUCUGUAGCUGGGGAAACCCCAGUUCUCCUGCUGGGUUUUCAGCACCAAGCCUUUCCCUCAGCAUACACACAGCAUUUGGACUCUUCUGCACACUGACUCGUGUAAUUUGGUAUGCUUCCUUUCUGUUGCGGGGGAGGAAGAUGGGGUCAGCUGGAGGGGAGGGUCCCCAAUUAUUUUUCUUCUUGUCUCUUCAGUUGUUGCUGUGGUUCCUGUCAGCACGCUAUAGAGUACCUGAGUCUUUGCACACAGAAAGCUUCUUUUUGCACAGAAUGAGCUUUUAGCUUUUGUACAGACUAAUUGAAUGUAUUUGGGGAGGGGGGGCAAAUGGGGAGUCAACCAAUUUCAGACAAACCAAUCGGAGUAUAAUGCCUUUUCUGAGCGAGUACGUGCUGUAAAAGGAGAUUGCAAUAGCAAAGGGAGAGCAGGCUCAAGUAUAAAUUGACACAAAGUGUGGUUUUAUUUUUGUACUGAUAUGGAUGAGAGACUGUACAGCAUCUAUUUAUUUAGAUGAUUUAUGUGGUAAAUGUUGCAAACAAAAUUAUUAAAAUAUUAAAUAUGAGAACUGACAUUUACAUAA